AGUGCAGUUGUGAAAGCUUCAGUGCAAUUGCCACAGGGGAUGAGGAAGCAGAGACAAGAUAUAAGCUCAGCCUUCCCCACCUAUUUGCUGAAGAACCAGACUUGUUCAGUUCCAGACAUCAUUUCUGGAUCCUGAAGGUGCCAUGAAGUCAUUGGCUGUUUUUCUCUUUGUGGGACUUCUUGUCAUUUGGAUGGAAUUACCCUCCACCACUGGAAAGAAACCUGGGUACUGCCCAAGAGAUCGUUGCAGAUGCGAGGGCCCUAAACCGAAUGAGUGCCGCAAUGAUUAUUCUUGCCGUGGAGCAAAGAAAUGUUGUUACUCUUGUUGUGCGAUGCGCUGUGUGGACCCAGUAAAAGGCAAACCUGGGUUAUGCCAAUUAGAUAGUUGCAUAUGCACUGGCAAUCAAACUAAUGAGUGCCACAAUGAUUCUUUUUGCCCUGCAGCAAAGAAGUGUUGUUACUCUUGUUGUGCGAUGCGCUGUGUGGACCCAGUACCAGCCAAGCCUGGGUACUGCCUAACAGAUCGUUGCAUAUGCCUCAGGACUCAUCGUAGUCAGUGCCAUGAUGAUUAUUCUUGCCGUGGAACACAGAAGUGUUGUUUCUCUUGUUGUAAGAUGCGCUGCGUGGACCCAGUAAAAGAACCACCCCUACCAUAAUUCCUUCUUUACGAGAUGACAGCAGACCAGAUGCAGAACAGGCCUUUUGACGAGUCUUAUAUAUGAAGUUAGAAAGAAGUAUAACAUAUCAGACCGCACGGGGUUCUUCUGUAUCUUUUGGGCAGAACAGGAUCUUUCUGUAUUCCAAUUUUUGACUCAUUAAACAUGGUUGAAUGACAACA